AACGCUAGCUAGCUAACACCGGGGAUACCGGGAUUGGACUGCAAUUUACUGUCCGAGGUGAUUCCGUAAACAGCGUGAAAAACAUCUCCAAAAUAUUCAUACACGUUUGCAGUGAUUUGACUUUCUUCUUUUUUUAACUCCGUAUCCACCCUCCAGUUGUUGACAUGUUGACAUGUCCAGUUUGACAUAUGGGUUUGACUUCGAUUGAACUGGAAUCAUCUAGCUUCUUCUCAACUCGCUGCUGCUGUGACGUGCACUAUCGUUCGACUAGCUUGUGUUUGUCAACAAUGUAACAAUGUCGCAACAUUGUAAUCAUUACGCCGAUACUGUUGCAACAUUGUAAUCAUUACGCAACAGAAACCGUUUACUCUAAAUGGGAACCGCGAAUGAGAGUUGCCAUUGGACAAAUUCCCCAGUAGGUCCCUCCCCGUGUCGUUCCGUUAGCUUCCGUUUGGUUCUUAAACGGUAAACGGUUUCCGUAAUGAAUACACCCCAACCUAAAUAAAAUAAUGUUGCAACAAUUGUAAUGAGUUUGUUGACAUCCGGGUGCUGUAGAAUAUUAUCUUCCAUGUAAAGCACGAACCAUAUUCUGAAUGACGAAGCAAGACUUACUAUGUCGAAGGAAGCAAAUGAAUAUGAGAGUCCAGUCACCUUCAUCACAGAGCACACUAAACCAAGCCGAAUGAAGAGAGCGGCUGCAAAGCAUCUAAUUGAGCGCUACUUUUGCCAGUUAACAGAGGGCUGUGGAAAUGGGGCCUGCACGAAUGAGUUCUGUGCUUCGUGUCUUGGUUUUCAACCGCUGGAUCACAACACGGCGGCUAUCAGAGCCCUGGAGCUCUAUAAAAUGAACGCCAAACUGUGUGGUCGUCACUCUGCUGCCUUCCCUGACAACAGCAGUGCCAAAGAAACCCACCCUACCUUAUUGGGCGACCAUCACAGGAAGAUGCCAGACCACGAAGACAACCUGUUUCCCCCUAGGGAAGACUUCAGAGAGGUGCAUUACCUGACCGAGGAGAAGGUGUAUGAGAUCCUGGGUAUCUGUGAGGGGAAGAAGGACUACUCUCCUCUGAUCCGAGUCAUCGGGAGGAUCUUCUCCAGCGCUGACGGGCUGGUGCAGAGCUUCAGGAAAGACAAGGAGCAACACCCCAACACCAAGGAGCAGCUUAAUACCCACCAGGCCAAAGAUGAGGACAAGGACGAGGACGACAAGGAGAGAACCACCGCCAUGGAGCAGGAAUCGGAGGCCUCGGCAUCCAUUGAGGGAGCGACGGGCUCGACGGAGAAGAGACUGGGUCCUGUGGAGGUCUCAGUGGACAUAGAAGCUGUGAGGAGAGUGUACGACAGACUCCUCUCCAACGAGAAGAUGGAAUCGGCCUUCCUCAACGCCCUGGUCUACCUAACUCCCAACGUAGAGCUGGACCUAACCUAUCUGGACGUGUACGACACCAACCCAGACUACCUAAACAUCUUCAUCAUCGUGAUGGAGAACAGCAGCCUCCACAGCCCAGAGUACCUGGAGAUGGCCAUGCCUCUGUUCUGUAAGUGUAUGAGUAAACUCCCUCUGCCGGCCCUGGCCAAGCUGACGCGCCUGUGGUCUCAGUACAGUGUCGAGCACCUCAGGCGUAUGAUGGAGACCUUUCAGCAGCUCAUCACCUACACGGUAAUCAGCAACGAGUACGACAGCGACAGUCUGGUCAACGAUGAUGAGUGUGUGGUGGCUGCAGCCAAGUGUCUGAAGCUGGUGUUCUACGCCAAUGUCCUGGGAGGAGACCUGGAUACGGGUCACAAUGAGGAGGAGGAGCCUGCAUCAGAGUCCAGCGAGCUCACCCUGCAGGAGCUCCUGGGGGAGGAGAGGAGUAACAAAAAGGGGCCCCGGGUCGACCCUUUGGAGAAGGAGCUGGGCGUCAGGACCCUGGACUGCAGACGACCCCUAAUCCCCUUCGAGGAGUUUGUCAACGAGCCGUUGAACGAUGUUCUAGAGAUGGACAAGGACUUCACCUUCUUCAAGGUGGACUCGGAGAGUAAGUUCUCCUUCCAGAGCUGUCCCUUCAUCCUCAACGCCUGCACCAAGAGCCUGGGACUGUACUACGACAACCGCAUCAGCAUGUACAGCGAGAGGAGGAUCACAGCGCUCUACAGCCUGGUACAAGGACAGCAGCUCAACCCAUACCUCAGGCUCAAAGUACGACGAGACCACAUCAUAGACGACGCCCUCGUCAGGUUGGAGAUGAUCGCCAUGGAGAACCCAGCGGACCUGAGGAAGCAGCUGUUUGUAGAGUUUGAAGGAGAGCAGGGCGUCGACGAAGGAGGAGUGUCUAAAGAGUUUUUCCAGCUUGUCCUCGAGGAGAUGUUCAAUCCUGAUAUUGGCAUGUUUACGUACGAUGAUUCCACCAAGCUGUUCUGGUACAACCCGUCCUCUCUGGAGAACGAGGCCCAGUUCACCCUGAUAGGCAUCGUCUUGGGCCUGGCCAUCUACAACAACUGUAUCCUGGAUGUUCACUUUCCCAUGGUGGUCUACAGGAAACUGAUGGGGAAGAAAGGCACCUAUCUGGACCUGACAGACUCACACCCAGUUCUGUACCAGAGUCUGAGGGAGCUGCUGGACUACGAGGGGGAUGUGGAGGAGGACAUGAUGAUCACCUUCCAGAUCUCACAGACUGACCUGUUUGGAGACCCCAUCACUUACGACCUGAAGGAAAACGGGGACAAGAUACCUGUUAGUGCGGACAAUAGAAAGGAGUUUGUCUCUCUGUAUAGUGAUUACAUACUUAAUAAGAGUGUUGAGCGCCAGUUCAAAGCCUUCAGGAGGGGCUUCCAGAUGGUCACCAACGAGUCGCCUCUCAAGUAUUUAUUUAGACCUGAGGAAGUGGAGCUACUGAUCUGUGGAAGCAGGAAUUUAGACUUUCAGAUGCUUGAAGAAACGACAGAGUAUGACGGAGGCUACAGCAAGGAUUGUCGCAUUAUUAAAGACUUCUGGGAGACGGUGCAUUCGUUUGGUGAGGAGGAUAAGAGACUGUUCCUCCAGUUUACUACGGGGACUGACAGAGCACCCGUAGGAGGGCUGGGCAAGUUAAAGAUGAUCAUCGCCAAGAACGGCCCCGACACAGACAGGUUACCUACUUCUCACACGUGUUUUAAUGCUUUGCUGCUCCCUGAAUACGAUUCAAAGGAGAAACUGAAGGAGAGACUUCUCAAAGCCAUCACUUAUGCCAAAGGAUUUGGAAUGCUGUGAAACAAGCAAAAAUGACAACUCUGCAAAAACAAAACAAAAACUUCCUGGCUUCAGUUCAAUGGUUUUAUGUUUUGUAAUGGAGAAGGAAGGAAUUAUACAAUGAUGCAACAGUUGAAAUGAAUGUGGCAUUACGACAAGGAAGUGCUCCAGAGACUGUGUGCCUGAACAGCAAAUAGACUCAACUAGCAGACAUUCGAUCUAGCCCCCCUCAGAUCCAUUUAAUAUACGUAGAACCUCUCCUUACAUUCUUGGUUAUUCAAGCUGUUGAAAUCAGUUAUAAUUCUUACUGGAGCUCGCUGGGUUUAUUUGAUGUGUAAAAAAGUUUUAAGAAGAAGCAGGUUAUCAUUGAUUGUUGUGAAAGUGCACUUAACUAGACCUUCUGAAUGUUAGUGAAUGGUAUAUACAUUACUGUAUACUGCCGUCUUAGGACAUUUUGUUAGUAGUUUAUGAUAUUCUUUAAUGCCAGCAGUGUUGUCGGUAACACUUCCUAAUAUAAUACCCUCUUCAUAAUACAUUGAAAAGUACAUUUAUGAGCUAUGCAUAAUGCAUUAUAAUGCCUUCCAGGUGUUUUAUAGCUGCUCAUAGACCUCUAUAAUGCUUUGUUUCAAGUUUUAUUGUCACGUGCAACAAGUACUGUGAAAUACUUUUUCCACUGUACUUGAAGGGGGGUGUUCAUAUGACGUGUUAGCGUGGUGUCGCGUAAGGCAGAGGACUAUUCUAACCAGUACACCAACACAGUGUUCCUGCUCUGCUGUAAGCUAUGCAAGUGGCACCCUAUUCCCUACAUAGUGCACUACUUUUCACCAGGGCCCCUACAUAGGGAAUAGGGUGCCAUUUGGGGCGCAACCCUUAUGUAUGAUGGCGUUGCAUCGUCGUCUGUACCUGCUGCCUCUUUGGCAAAUCUCCCUGCUACUUUUGGCUGCGGUCCUGCACUCUUUCUAAUGUGUUGAAUAGCUUGCUGUUCCAUACCUAUAUGUUUUUUGCAAUGUUAAUUUUGUAUGCCAGACAGAACAGAGCACUCUCUUAGCCCUGACGGAGUGCUUUCAGUUUUUUGUAUUUUAUUUUAAUGCAUGGUUUACAGACACAAAGUAAGUAAUUAGCUUUACAAAAGCUCCAGUGAAUUGUCAGGUCAUGUUAGUUCUCUGGUAGCUGUACUCUCACUUACAGUUGCAGGUCAUGUUAGUUCUCUGGUAGCAGUACACUCACUUACAGUUGCAGGUCAUGUUAGUUCUCUGGUAGCUGUACUCCCACUUACAGUUGCAAAAACAUUUGGGGGGGAAAUGCUUUACCCAAAAUCCUUUGGUUUUCAAGAAAUCCCUUGGUUUUACAGAAAUCUCUUGGUUUUACAGAAAUCCCGGUUGGAAGAGUCCCAGAAUCUGGAGGGAAUAAAGAGGAAAUCCAGAAUCUUUCAACCAGGAGUUUUGGAAAACCUGGGAACGUUAGCAGAAUUCUGCAACCCUAAUUUGACUUCACAGUUAAUCUGACCCAUAUAAUGUGAAAUAUUGACUUGGAGAAAAGUGUUUUUAUAAUAAUACCACUGAAUUGAUGUGCCACAUCAAUGCUCAGAACAAUGUGUUAUACGCUGAAGUAUUUUUGGUUCGUUGGUGUUUGAUUUGGUGUGACUGUGGUUUUGGUUUUCAUUAUGCUAUACACCUGAAAGCCUGCCAAGCCAUGCAGAACAUUGUUGGUUUAAUACCCAAUAAUGUGUACAACAGUCUUGGCAGGAAGGGUUUAAUGGUUUGGUUUAAUACCCAAUAAUGUGUACAACAGUCUUGGCAGGAAGGGUUUAAUGGUUUGGUUUAAUACCCAAUAAUGUGUACAACAGUCUUGGCAGGAAGGGUUUAAUGGUUUGGUUUAAUACCCAAUAAUGUGUACAACAGUCUUGGCAGGAAGGGUUUAAUGGUUUGGUUUAAUACCCAAUAAUGUGUACAACAGUCUUGGCAGGAAAGUUAAUUCCCUUCAUAAAGCAUUCAGUCACCAUGUUGUUUUACUGCCUGAAUUCAAAAUAGAUUCAAUAUGAAUGAUUUUUUUCCCACCCUUUUAUACAUACAAUACCCCACAAUUUUAGCAAAUGUAUUAAAUAAAAUCGAUGCGAUUUACAUCAGUAUUCACACCCCUAAGUCAAUACAUGUCAGAAUCCCGUUCCUGAAGAAGUCUGUAAGAGAUUUGCACACCUGGAUCGUACAAUAUUUGCACAUUCUUUAAAAAAAUUGUUAAAGUUCUGUCAAUUGGUUGUUGAUAAUUGCUAGACAGCCACUUGAACGUCUUUGCCGUAGAUUUUCAAGCUGAUUUUAAGUCAAAACUGUAACUAGGUUACUCAGGAACCUUCAAUGUCAUCUUGGUAAGCAACUCCAGGAUAUAUUUGGCCUUGUGUUUUCGGUUAUUCUACUGCUGAAAGGUCAAUUUGUCUCCCAGUCUCGGUUGGAAAGUAGACUGAACCAGGUUUUCUCUAGUCCUUCCUGAUGACAAGCAUACCCAUAACAUGAUGCAACCGCCACUAUGCAUAACACAUAUUGAUUAUAUGAAGAUUAGUACUUAACUUCGUGAUGUGUUGGGUUUGCCCCAAACAUAACACUUUUUAUUCAGGGUAUAAAGUUAAUUUCUUUGCCGUUUUACUUUUAGUGCCUUAUUGCAAACAUGAUCCAUGUUUUGGAAUAUUUCUUUGUUCCGUACAGGCUUCCUUCUUUUCACUCUGUCAUUUAGGUUAGUAUUGUGGAGUAACUACAGCGUUGUGGAUCCUCAGUUUUCUCUUGUCACAGAUAUUCAACUCUGUAACUGUUUUAAAGUCACCAUUGGCCUCAUGGUGAAAUCCCUGAGCUGUUUCCUUCUUCUCCGGCAACUGAGUUAGGAAGGAUGCCUGUAUCUUUGUAGUGACUGGUGAAGAAUCUCUAUUUAAUCCGUUUUCAAUUCAGGCUGAAAGACAAACCGUGAACAAAGUCCAAUGACUGUGAAUACUCCUGAAUGCGAUUUGUGUUUAGUUGUUUGCUGCCUGGUUUAUUUUGAUAUAAUGGAAAUUAAGGAAACAUUUUAAUUUAACACUUUAUUGUGUCAACAUAAUGCAAAAUAAAAUAAUACAUUUUUAACCCUG